AUGGAGAACCAAGCCCAUAAUACAGCAGGAGCUUCUCCUUGUGAGGCUGAGCUUCAGGAAUUAAUGGAACAAAUUGACAUCAUGGUCAGCAAUAAGAAAUUAGACUGGGAAAGGAAGAUGCGGGCUUUGGAGACAAGGUUAGAUCUCCGGGAUCAAGAGUUGGCAAAUGCACAGACUUGUUUGGAUCAGAAGGGUCAAGAGGUGGGAUUACUUAGACAGAAGUUGGACACUCUGGAAAAAUGUAACUUAGCAAUGACACAGAAUUAUGAAGGACAACUGCAAACCUUAAAAGCUCAAUUUUCCAAACUAACAAAUAGCUUUGAAAAACUGAGAUUACACCAGAUGAAACAGAGUAAAUUUCGACGAAAAGAGUCACCACAUCUCAAAGAAGAAACACCUUUUGAACCAAGUAAUUUGAACCAGAAAUUAGAGGAAUUUAGAACAAAAUCAAGAGAAUGGGACAAGCAAGAGAUACUAUAUCAGUCUCAUCUGGUUUCUUUAGAUGCUCAACAAAAAAUAUUGUCUGAGAAGUGCAAUCAAUUUCAGAAACAGGCACAAAGUUACCAAACUCAACUAAAUGGUAAAAAGCAGUUCAUGGAAGGGGACAGCAGCUCUGAAAUUCCUCGGUUGAUAUGUGAACCAGAUGCUAGUUGUGAAACGAGUGGAAGAGAUGAGUUCAUUAUUGAAAAACUAAAAUCAGCUGUGAGUGAAAUAGCAUUAAGCCGGAAUAAGUUACAAGAUGAAAAUCAGAAGCUCUUACAGGAACUGAAAAUGUACCAAAGACAGUGCCAGGCAAUGGAAGCAGGACUCUCAGAGGUGAAAAGUGAGUUACAGUCACGUGAUGAUCUCUUGAGAAUUAUAGAAAUGGAACGACUGCAGUUGCACAGAGAAUUAUUAAAAAUAGGAGAGUGCCAAAAUGCUCAAGAAAAUAACAAAAGACUUGAAUCAUCUUAUUCACCUUCUAUUAAAGAACCAGAAAGGAAAAGGAAAGAACUGUUUUCUCUGAACCCAGAUCAACCAAAUCAUGAGAAAGAACUGACUAAGAUAAGGAGCCAGCUCUAUCAGGAGGAAGAGCACCACGGCUGUGAGCAGGAAAGAAUGAGGAACGAAAUCUCUGACCUAACGGAGGAGCUUCAUCAGAAGGAGGUCACUAUAGCGACUAUCAUGAGAAAGGCUGCCCUUCUGGAGAGGCAGCUGAAGGUGGAGUUAGAAAUCAAGGAAAAAAUGUUAGCAAAACAACAGGUCUCGGAUAUGAAAUAUAAAGCUGUCAGGACUGAAAACACACAUCUAAAAGGAAUGAUGGGAGAUUUAGACCCUGGACGGUACAUGAGCAUGGACAUUAACAGGGAGCAUUCAAGGUACACAUCCAUUAACAAACUGGAGUAUGAAAACGAAAGGCUCCGAAGUGAUCUUGCAAAACUUCACGCCAGCGGAAAACCAGUGUGGGCUAACCACAGCGCCUGCGAAGAACCGGUGCAGUAUGCCUAUCAAAACCAAAUAAAAAUGGAAAAAAAUGAAUAUAGUCUUAGCCCAGACUGUGAGCCAAAAGGAAGUUCACCGCCUCCACUUCCACCUUUGCCGUUUCAAAUGAAAGAGAUGACCAGUCCUUUGGUUAGCGAUGAAGAAGUAUUCUCACUGUCUCCCACAGACACGUCCUUCCCAGCUUCCCUGGCCACGCAGCAUUUCCUCAUGGAGGAAGAGAAGCGAGCCAAAGAACUUGAGAAACUUCUAAAUACACAUAUUGACGAACUGCAAAGACAUACAGAAUUUACUCUCAAUAAAUACACCAAGCUAAAACAAAAUAGACACAUAUGA